AUGUCUUCCGCGAAUUCAAUCAAAUCGCCUGAUAAGGAAACAGGCACCCAAUCUAGUACACCACCUAUAUCUUAUGCGAGAGCUGCUCGCGUUCAACGUCCUACUGCAAUUCGAGAAUCUUUGACCAGCAAUGCACUUGACAAAACCACCCAUUCCAAUGUGUGGAAAGUUGGUGGAUCCCCUGCUUCGUGCCCGAGUUUGUUUUUUGACUUCACUUCUCGCACCGAAAACCGUUCAACACUUCUUCGUCACAUAAGUGAAAGCUAUCCCGAUAACUGUGGUGCACGUCUGCACUCAGAUCAUUCACGCCGUAUUGUUGAGCUAUUCAUUGAUGAUUCAUCCUUGUACGAAAAAGCCUGCAAAAAUGGUCUUCACUUCUCUGAUGGUUCUCGUAUCUUACCCACUCGGCCUUUAUCGGAAAACGCUCACAUCAUCAACAUUCGUCUCAGCAACCUGCCAUUCACAUCUAGGGAAAAACUAGCAGAUGGUAUUCGACAAGCACUCGCACCCUUUGGUAAGAUUCUAGAUCAUGGUAUUCUUCGUGACCAGGACUCCCACUUGUUUAUGGGACAUGGUUACGCAACAUUAAACGUUUCAGCCUCACUCGAUUUCCUCCCACUCACACACACGAUUGCUUGGCCCAACUCCGCCGACUUCUUUUAUGCAACAUGGGCUGAAAUGCCAUUACAUUGUCUACACUGUCAUCGUUCCGGUCACUCUAUUUCAUCAUGUCCUAGUCAUCCAAGUCGCAAUCGUCUUUGCUGGUCAUGUGGUCAACCAGGCCAUCGUGCAGCAAAAUGUUCUUAUCAUCGCACCCCAGCGCCAACCAACAACAAAGAACCACACGUGCCACCAUCGCCUCCAUCGCCCACACUUUCUUCUGCCCACAGCCACGACUCUGAUGUUUCAAUGCAUUCUGAUGACCUUUCCAAUCGUGAAGCUCACAACGACCAGCUUAUUGUCGACUUUAUCCCACCUCAGCUCAAUACUGACCCUAACGCCAAACCUAUCACUGGUCGCCAACGCAGACUACUUAACCGCCUGUUCCCUAUUUCCGACGAAGCAAGAACCAUUACUGAAACACUGACCAGCGUAUCUUAUGACAGACUUUAUGCUACACUUCGCCACAAGGGGAAAGCGUUCCCCUUUUCGUUCUCUUUUGCAUCGGAAAGUGUCUCUUCUUCGAGUCACAAUGAUCCGGUUUGA